UUUAAGAGACGAUGACUAUCCAGAUAGACCAAUGCGUAUAUAGUUGGUAGGGGUGAUUUUGAUUGAUUUUAAAUGUAGUUCCCUCUGUUCCAAUUUCAGUAACUUCAUGUUAAGCAUGUAACAACAGUGGGUUUGCUAUGCUGACAGUUUUUCUGCAAUUAAACUGUAAAAAACCUCAAUGUAUUGUUGUGCCUGUAGUAUUGCAGUAUAUUGCAAUACAUAUCGUAUCCUUGCCCCUUACCCUGCAUCUUGAUGUGUAUCGUAUUGCCAGAUUCUUGCCAAUACAAACACAUAACUGUUAGCAUUGUUAAUUAACAUUUCUUGUUCUCUUUUCAAUAAAUGAGUCAAAACAUCACCUCUAAGCCACGAUCAAGGCCUGUUGGUUAAUUGGCCAUUAUCCAACAUAACAUUCCUUAAAGCUAUAAUAGCCAGUUAGCUUUUUGCCUCAAAAAACAAAACAAAACUUGUCGCAACUAUAGGAAUAUCAAACACUGAUUUUCUGCCUCUCUGAUGGACUGCAAUGAUCAUAGCUUCAGUACACAUUGUUUGUUAUGCUUUUAAGUUUUAUCUUGGUCAUAACGACACACUUUCUAUUAUAAUUAUUUUAGCAGUAGCUUUAUAACAGAAAAAACAAAAACCUAGAGUAGUUGUUACAAUAUAGUAUUUGGGUCUAAUAGUACAGUGCUGAACAUAACUGCAGGAUCUGCACUGUUCUCUGACCUCCUUUUUCUCACUGCAGUUAAAAUGUAUCUCUCUCAAAAACUGUGCCCUAUAACUAGUAAUACACAGUAGCUUGUCAUGUUUUUAAAGUUUAGAUAUGUGUGUAUUCUUUCAAUAUAUGCAUAUAUACAAACAAUUUAAUGUAAUUUAUUCAUAAAUAAUAGCCAUAUGAGUGUGAGUCAUGUGAAAGUAACUAAGGAUUUUUCUCUAUGUAAGUCCAAACACUUCUGCAAGAAAAGAGAAUAGAUAUUUUGAAGAAUACAGGGGGCAUCUCACCACCACCUGUUUUUAUCUAGUCUAAGAAUUAAAGUUGAGGUUCUUUUUAAUAUUCUUUCAGUUUUAAGAAAGCCAAAAAAAGUCAACUAAUUUCAAAUACCGGAUAAUUAGAGAAAAAUAGUUUUACAUCUAUCUGACAUUCCCUUGCAGAACCAGUAAAAAGGAUAACCUGCAGUGGUUUUCAAAGGAAAACAACGUUAUUGGUUCUUAGAGGGAAAAAACUAUACACAAGCACUAAUCAGCUGUAAUCGCAGGGUAUUUUCUGUGGUGAGAGAAGAGAUGUACUCUCAGAUAGUGGGUGGCAUCAAUUGCUGGAAAGAUGAAGGAUUCUGAGCUCAUCACCUAAGCAGGGUGGGAAUUUAUUUUCAAUAGACAUUUACAUUUUUAAACAUUCUUCUAAGCCAAACCAAACAAUUGAACACAUAAACCACAGCAAUGAACUCUGUAAUGUGGUGACUGGAUGCUGGUGAUAUUUAUUGUAGGCACGGUGAUUAUUUGAAUGGUGGUUAGAUUCAGUCAAAAAAUAGAGAGAAAAAAAACUCCCAAUCUUUUGAAGUUCCCAUCAUUGUUUUUAUUUGUCUUUCACCAUAUCAGCCUUUGCUCUGGAAUGAUUUCACUAAUAAACCAGACCUAUGUAAGAGAACAAAGUAAAUUAUUACAACACAGUCUGUUGUUUGUUUAAACCCCUCAAACACACAUCUCAAAUAUAUAAAAACAUCAAACCAAACACUAAAUCAAUAAACGGUUGGCACGUUAAACACUAAAGUCCACUAAAACAUGGCUUAGACAUAGCAGUAGGACCAAAGUCAUUUUGGUCACUGCACAGCAUAAAUGCUGUGUUUAAAUCUUUCAUGUCAAUUGCCCAAAACUUGUAGAGUGCAGUCGGUUGUGCCAUUUAUGGCCAAUAGAUGGUGAGAUUCUGCAGAAAAUAAAAUAAGAAAAUAAAAACAGCUAAUUUGGUCAAGAUGCACAAGAGACAACAUUUAAACCUGUGAUAUUUUGUUGAUCAGUGAUGAAACUUUAAAUUUUAUUGAACAUAAAAACUGACAAAAAUAUAAAUAUUAUUGUAACCUGUUGGAGCAUGUCUAGUUAUUUUUUGUGUUAUUGCCAACAUUGUUCAUGAAAUGACUGUUCCGUGUUCUUCUUUGCAAAGUCAGUGGGUGGCCUAGAUUUUGCUGUGUUUGGUUGAGUUGUUCCCUGAGCAGUCGGGUAGUUUUGAUGUGUGCUGUGGCCAACAACAGCCUCUAUUGAAUCUCGUUGUUGGUUUGGACACCUGUGACCAUCAUGACUCCAUCUCAUCUCACAUCAGCACUGACUAUUCAGUGUUCACAGCAGCACAAGUUUUGAUUCAUAGCUAAAUGGCAAAUACACAUUUUGUUUUGGAAGGGGUUGGGAAAACUGUUAAUUUUGAUUGGAUACAAAUUUAAGCAGACUUGCUGAGCAACCAGUUCAUGUUUUUCAAAUGUUUUCAAAUGUUUGUUUUAUUCAAACAACAAGCUACAGGCAGCUUGCAAGUGACGCAUAGAGACCCCUGGUGUAUGUGAUCACUCUCUCCAAACUGUACACUACCACCCUUAAGAACACUUUUCUGCUAACCAGGGAAUUAAAAGAACAGGUCUGUGUCAUCAAGUUUCUUGGAGACAGUGUUUCUUCCCAUAGGCCUCUCUGUCACUACACCCCAGUGCUAAUACUGUACACAGAUACAAUCUGGAGGCUACACAAAAUAAACUAUAAACUCCCUUUAGUACAUACAUUAUAAUUUUGUCUGUGUAAUCUCUGAAACUCUUUGUCAGAAAAGCACUGGUUAUUAUUUACUUUCGUGGAUUACCGUUUUCUACCUCUUUUCUCUUGUCUUGUGAGAUCAAGCUAAGUGUGAAGCUUUGCCAAUGGCACCCCGGUGUUAACCCCACCUUCAUCUGCUUGUGACGCACAGGUACUUAUCUGAAAAAAAUCUAUCUAGAGAAAAUUCACAACGUUGUGAAGAGGUGCUUCCAAUCGUCACUGUUCUCUGUAGGUGGGCUAGGCAAAGCUUCUGCUGCGUAUGCCCCAACUUGCUUGCUCUUCAAAGUUCUUGGCAGGCAGUCUGCGGGGAUGGAAAAUGAUGGAGGACAAAGGCCCUCGUGUCGCCGACUACUUUGUGGUGGCUGGUCUCACAGAUCCAUCCAAGCCAUUGGACCAGGAGAUCCAUUUUGAUGAUGUCUGCCAUAAGACGGCCAGGCCCAAAGCCCCUAUCACCGAUGUAGCUUUGGUGAUCCGCUCCUUGGGCGAGGAGGUGCCACAAGGGUUCACCUGCAUUGAGACCACACCAACUGGUCAUUCAGCUGAUCUUAAUAAUGGUGGACUCAUGGCCCCUCAGAUCUUUCUCUGCUACAGACGAGGGUGUGACAAGCCACCACUCACAGACCUGGGUGUGCUGCUGGAGUGGAAGGAGCGACUAAAGCAGGGCUGCCACCUGAUCCAGACCACACCCUCGGGACGUCCAGCCAACAUCAGCGGCAAUUCCUCACAGCGCAUCUAUAUCACUUACCGUCGAGCAGCAGAGAGUCAGCCACAUGCUGCUCUGGCAGUCACUGACAUCUGCAUCAUCAUCCCAAGUAAAGGCGAGACACCACCUCACACCUUCUGUAAGGUGGACAAGAAUCUUAACAGCAGCAUGUGGGGCUCAUCUGUCUACCUGUGUUACAAGAAGUCUGUGGCCAAAACCAACACAAUAGCCUACAAAGCAGGUUUAUUUAGCAGAUACCCAGAGGAAGACUACGAGUCAUUUCCCUUGCCUGAGUCUGUCCCCAUCUUCUGCCUUCCCAUGGGAGCCACCAUCGAGUGUUGGCCUGCAAACACCAAAUAUUCCCUCCCUGUAUUUUCCACCUUUGUCCUCACUGGAGCCUCUGGAGAGAAGGUGUACGGUGCUGCCAUACAGUUUUAUGAGCCCUACCCUCAGGAGUGUCUGACUGAUCAACAGCUCUUCCAGCUGGGCCUCCUGAGUGCAGAUUCAUGCAAACCAUCCUCCUCGUCUUCCUCCUCCUCCUCUUCCUCCUCCAACAGCAGCAGCACCAACAGUCACCUGGUCUACACCAACAAGUGUAUCUGUUUGCUCUCUCACUGGCCCUUCUUUGAUGCUUUCCGCAAGUUCCUUACAUUCCUGUAUCGCUACUCCAUCUCUGGCCCUCAUGCCCUGCCCAUUGAAAAGCACAUCUCUCAUUUUAUGCACAAAGUUCCCUUCCCUUCCUCCCAGAGGCCUCGCAUCCUGGUGCAGCUUUCCCCUCAUGACAGUCUGAUGUUGAGCCAGCCUGUUUCUUCUCCUCUACCACUCAGCGGUGGUCGCUUCACCACAUUGCUUCAAAACCUGGGACCAGAGAAUGCUGUCACUCUGAUGGUGUUUGCUGUCACUGAACACAAGAUCCUAGUUCACUCGCUGCGACCGGCUGUUCUUACCAGCGUCACAGAAGCUGUGGUGUCUAUGAUCUUCCCUUUCCACUGGUCAUGCCCAUAUAUUCCCCUGUGCCCUCUGGCAUUGGCUGAUGUGUUGAGCGCCCCCUGUCCAUUUAUUGUUGGAGUAGAUUCUCGCUACUUUGAUCUGUACGAUCCACCACCAGAUGUCAGCUGCGUGGACUUGGACACAAACACCAUCUUCCACCAUGAGGAUAAGCGAGCAGUCACAUGGAAGAUCCUGCCAAAGAAAGCCUGUAAAAAUCUGAUGAAUGCUCUGAGCCAUCUCAAUCAGCAACUGAUUGACGGUCAGCACAGAUCAGAUGGGCUGCUGGAACUGAGCAUGUGCGAUUCCUCUGAGCUGAGCUGUGGAAAGAGCAUUCACACACUGGAGUUGGAGAUCCAGGAAGCUUUCCUACGCUUCAUGGCAGCCAUUCUGAAGGGCUAUCGGUUAUUCUUAAGACCCAUCACCCAGGCACCCUCUGAGAAAGCUACAGACGCUAGUUCACUUUUUGAUCUGCAAGGUUUUCUGAAAAGCCGAGAUCGCUCACACCAAAAGUUCUACUCACUGAUGACCAAGACCCAGAUGUUUAGCCGCUUCAUUGAGGAGUGUUCUUUUGUCAGUGACAAAGACGCCAGUCUGGCCUUCUUUGAUGACUGUGUGGACAAACUCUACAAUUCAGAGCGAAGUGCAGACAAAGGAGGAAAGGCUGACAGUGAGAGGUCAGAGGAGACCAGGCUGAUAGAGACUGAUGAAUCCCAGCGCAGUGAACACACAGUUUUCAUCACACCUCCAGAGCUGCCGCCACUGCCUGAAGGGGAAGAACAUCCACUCUGCUAUAGGUACGAUGGUUUCCCAGUGCUAAGUCUUGACCUCUUUGACCCUGUGGUCGGCCUGCGGACCCCCUUAUCCCGCCACAAUGCCAGACAGAGUUGCCCCACCAGCCCUGCCCCCAUGUUUAGACGUACCAAGCAGGAGAUUAAAUUGUCUCAGAAGAUAGCUAAGAAGUAUUCAUCAGUUCCUCAGUUGUGGUCCAAGUGUCUGCUGCGUCACUGCUACGGUCUGUGGUUCAUCUGCUUGCCCGCCUAUGUGAAGGUGUGUCACUCCAAGGUGAGGGCUCUCCGCACAGCCUAUGACGUCCUCAGGAAGAUGCAGGCAAAGAAACUGCAACCCCCUGAUGAGGUUUGCUAUCGAGUGCUGAUGCAGCUGUGUGGACAGUACGGUCAGCCAGUCCUGGCUGUCAGAGUUCUGUUUGAGAUGAAAAAGGCUGGGAUCCAUCCUAAUGCCAUCACUUAUGGUUACUACAACAAGGCAGUUUUGGAGAGCACGUGGCCUUCGAGCACCAGAGGAGGAUACUUCCUGUGGAUGAAGUUGAGAAAUGUCAUUUUAGGAGUAGCACAGUUCAAACGGGCUUUAAGACGACGUGCCUUACACACUCAGAGCCCUCUGUCAGAUGGCAGCGACCUGGACGCUGUGAGUCACGGCAGCAUGGAUAGCUCUGCUGACACUAACCCGACUGAGCAGAGCCCCUACAACACUGACUCCCUCAAAGUAGACCCCACUGAUGAUAGAUCUAGCACAGUCAGCCAUGGGCGUGGCAGUGCUGGUGCUGGGGCCCAGGGGUCCCACUCACACUCAGGGGGCUCUGAGCUCCGAGAUGCCACCCUCCACCCAGGAGAUCAGUCAGACUUAGGUUACAACUCCUUGUCCAAAGAAGAGGUCCGUCGUGGAGACCCCAGCGCCAGGGACAACACCACUGACAAAGAUGACAAGAAGGAGAGCGACUGCAGCUCCUUGUCGGAGACAGAGAGCACCAAAGGCAGUAAAGACUGCCUCCCUCUGCUGGACAUGGAAGUCCAGUCCUCCUUCAAACCACACGGCAUUGUUCGCAGCAGCUUAACAUUUGACGAUUCAUCCUGUAAACCCAAGAGCUCGGCCAGCACAGGUCAUGUUGCAGGUCUUCUCUUCACUUCCUCUCUGGAUGAGAUUGGUGAGGUCCACACCAACAGCUUGCUCAGGAGACACAAGAGUGCUUUGGAGGAGGUGGUGGGUGCGUCCAGCAGUGGUCCAGUUCUUGACUGGCAGGGUGUGAGAGGCCUGCAUCUGAGUGGAGACACAGCUGGCAGCAGUGGGAGUGGCACCACCGUUCUGGGGCUUGGUAUGAGGCAGGCUGAAACUGACCCAGAAAAAAUUGCAGAACAUCUGGGUGCAGAUGCCAAAAUUCUCUCUGGCACCAAAUUAUGUGGGUUCAAGAGACCUCGUUCUUUGGCAUUAGGCAGGUUAGCAGAGGUUAGUGAUAAGGCAGGUACCGUGAGUGAUCGAAAUAAGAAGGGAGAAGAAGAUGGCGUGGAAGGACAGGACUCCGGUGAUGAGGACAGAUGUAUGACAGAAGCUAUUUUUGACCUGGAAGAUAUCGAUUUGGAUAAACCUGCAAGAGAGCCUGGUGUCAACGUGCAUGAAACCAAAAGCUUUCACAAGAAAGUUGUUGAGCGAAGUGCAAGUUACAGCCAUGCCAUGAGCUCUGCUACGUCCAAAGGAGCUGUCAAGCGUACAGAUAUUGAGGUGGGUUACGAUCCUCUGUCGCUGUUGGCUGCAGACUCACAGACACAACAGCACAAUGAUGAGCAGUACUCUGAGGAAGAUGGGGUCAGGACACCAGGCACCUGCAGACACCUUGCCAGGGAAAUUGAACUCUACAUGAAUUACAUGGGCAGCCCUCUGACUAGCCGCACUCCCAGUCUGGACCUGCAGGAGCCAUCAAGCCCCCUUCUCCUUCACCCCUCAUCACAUUCUGGUCCUCGCAGGGCCAGUCUUCCUCACAGCUCCACUCUUAGGACUGUUGGAGUAACUCGCUCCCGCACUUACCAGCCACCCUCUCCUUGCCCAUCUGUCUCACGCCAACGCCUCUGGUCAUCUCCUCCCUGCCGCAGCUCCAGCACCACUCCUUGUCCCAGUCCUCAGCUGAGCCCCUACAGAGAGAGGACACACAGGCUGAGCCUGGCUUCACCCUCACCUUCUUCCUCCUCUUUCAAUCUGGACACUCUCCUCACACCAACUUUCGACGUGUUCAAGACCAGUAUGGUCUCUGCUGGGAAGGGCGUUGCAGAGAAGGCAAGCCGCUGGUAUUCACGCAUUGCCACCUCUACCAAGGAUGGUCAAAGUGACCGUCUCAGUGUGACGUCCUUCAGCACUGGAGAUCCAGACUGCUCCUCGCUGCUGAAUGAAGAAGACUGCGGGGAGUCAGAAAGUUCUGAGGUUUCACUGCAAACAAAUGAUCCCAUUAGCCCUACCGGACCCUGCAAAGUCCCCAAACGCAGCCCUUUACGCAGCAGAAUGGACAGUCCCAGAGCACGCUCCAGCCAUGUGAGACCAACAUCUCUGCCCCCUGGAUGUGUCCUUUCUCCUCCUGGUUUCCCUCUACCGGAUAAAUCAGAUGUUGGCUCCUCACACUACACCAGCAACACCAGCAUCUUCAACAACUACGCCAUGGAGCUGCUGAUCUCCAGUUGUUCUCGCUGUAAGACCUGUGACUCCCUGGUUUAUGACGAGGAGAUAAUGGCUGGAUGGACAGCAGAUGAUUCAAAUCUGAAUACUACCUGUCCUUUCUGUGGAAACCCAUUCCUGCCUUUCCUUAACGUGGAGAUCAGAGACAUGCGAGGACCUGGCAGACUUUUCCUGAAGGGCAGUCCAUCAGUGGACGAGGCAAUGACUUCAUUGUACUCGGAUUCAACAGGUUUGGACACAGGGACAUCAUCUUUGUCGACGCCCUGUCCUACAAAUACACUGUCUCCCUCUUCACCCCUGAUCAUGGUUCAGGACUCUUUUGAAAGACAAAGGAGACGAUCAACCACAACUCAAGGUAUUACCAUCCCUGCAGAGCAUCGGCAGAGGCUGCUGUCUCCUGGAGCACAGAUGGCCCGCAGUGUUAGUGCCUUUGGUCCUCUGCAGGAAACGUCUCGACCCAGCUGUGGUGUUCCAACGUCAGGGAGCCUGCCCAGCCGUCUCAAUGUAACCACUGACCCACUGAGUAUGGAGUGGCGUCUCCAUAACCCUGAGCCUGUGACUGUGCCCUACCUGAGCCCACUGGUCCUGUGGAAGGAGCUGGAGAGUCUGCUGGAGAACGAGGGUGAUGCUGUGAUCACAGAGGCCGACGUGGUGGACCAUCACCCCAUCAUCUACUGGAACCUGGUCUGGUACUUCAGACGACUGGACCUGCCCAGCAACCUGCCUGGACUUAUCCUCACCUCAGAUCAUUGCAACAGAAACUCACAGAUUCCUCGUCACUGGAUGUCAGAGGACAGCAAGCAUGUGCUGGUUCAGAUUUUAUGGGACAACCUAAAACUGCACCAGGACCCAGUCCAGCCUUUCUACAUCCUGUGGAACACAUACAAUGUAGGUUACCCUCUGUCACGGCCGGUCAAGGAGGCAGAGAGGUCCUUCAGUGAAGAGUUACUGCAGAGUGUGGUGAGGAGCAUUCAGAGGAACGACGUCAGUCGACCGAUGGCUCAGAUGCUGCAGCUGCUGGGACGGACGCUGGGGGUCAAGAGGCAGAGGAGUUUGUACAGAGAUAUCCUCUUCCUCUCACUUGUGGCUCUUGGAAAAGACAACAUUGAUAUUGACGCCUUUGAUCGUGAGUACAAGUUGGCGUACGACCGCCUCACACCCGCCCUGGUGAAGCUGACACACAACUGUGACCGUCCUCCCAGCACAGGGGUGAUGGAGUGUCGCAGGGCGUUUGGAGAGCCUUACUUGUGAACACUCACCUCCACACACACACACACACUCACUAACUUCAUUAGUGCUUUAAAGAUCAGCUCAGGAAUCCUGCUAGAUGACUGUGAAUGUGCAGUGAAGGCUACAGUGGAUGGUUGUUAGCCUUAUGUAGCUCAUAGACAAAGGUUUUACAGACAAACGCACACACACACACACACACACACACACUCUUCAUUAGCAUUAUUUCAUUCAGACUAACACUCACCUGGUCUCUUUACAAAUCUGGGGAAAUCAGAACAAAAUCAACAGCAGAGAUGUUCUUACAUGCAGCUUUUACAGUGUAGACUCAUCAAAUAUAUGAAAAGAGUUUUCAGUAUUUUAAUUUGAUGUCUAUUUAUGUAGAGGAGGAUUUAUUUAUUCCUGUCUUGUUUUUGUUAAGUGUUUUUUGUUUGUUAUUGUUUUUUCUUUUUUGCUGUGUCCAGUUGUCAGUAAACAUCUCUCUUGAAUACUCACCGUCACCUCCUCAACGUGUGGAGAACAUGGUGCAGUACACAGUAAAUAUCGGUGGCUGAGUACACAGUAGGUUUCAGUGAAUUAUGAUAUGAGGCAUACAAAAAAUGUUUUUACUUCACAUUUCUUUCAUCCAUAAAGUUUCAAUGAUCAGUAAUAUUCCUUUUAACUGGCAGCUUCAACAGGUGUGUCCUACAUACUUUAUAAAGGCAGCCAUGUUUGGAAAAAUUGUUGUGACCCAAUUGACAGUAGAAAUUCUGACUGUGCUGCAUUAUCAACAAUGGUCAGUUUGACGUUAACAAAGGAAUCAUACGUGUAUUUUAGUUGUCCGGCGACAAUAACAGAGCAGUAUUUGUGUGAAUGUUGUUUUCAUUAGUCUCUCUUUUUUUUCUUAUAACCGAACAAAUGCAUUUGUUUUACAGUAAAGGCUAAAAAGCAAACCUGUGGUUGCUGUCGGGUCAGACGACAAACGGAACAAAUACUUUUUAUCACAAUUAAUGUAAAAGUUGUGUCACCAAUUUUGAGGGAAGUGAUGCUCUGCUGCGUGACUAAAAGGUUAAAAAAAUUAAAAAAACAACAACAUGGGACACCCAGAGAACAAAGUCUGGAGAAUACAAGAUAGUGAACUUUAGCAUCCUGGUGUUUGGAGAAAACUCUAGUUUGAUCAUGUUUUAAUUGGACUGUUAUGACUGUUUUUAUAUCUUUGGUCUAUUUUCUGAUACGGUCAUUCAUAGUUAUGUAUCAAGGUCAAGGUCAGCUUUAUUGUCAAUACCUUCACAUGUACAGAACAUACAGAGGUAUCCAAAUUACGUUCCUCGCCUUCCCGUGCGCUGACAGACAUAGACAAUACUGAACGAAAAACAUUAAGGUGCAAUAACAAUAAACGUAUAAACGAUCGAAAUGUAAUUCUUCAUUUCAACCUGACAAAUGAACUGAUAAACACACGAUUGUUAUUGCACAGUGUAAAAGGGAUAUUGAAGGCGGAGCCAGAUGAACACACGGAGAGUUUAAAUGUUUUCAUGUGUAAACAUGGAUGAAUAUUUGUAAAAGUAUUUGGAAAUGACACACAUUUCUAUUUUCAUUUUUGCAAUUUUCAAGAUCGAAUUAAGUUUUUAUUACUUUGAAUUUCAUGUAAAUUAUGUAAUUUUAUGUUUAAUGAGUUCUUGUACUCUGAAGACUGAGGGAUUCUGGGCAGCGCUGAACAGAUUAUUGUCUAUUUUUACGUACGUGUUAGUUGAACAUGACGGUGAAGGAGGACAGCGGUUGAAGGAGGACCUUCAGAGUUCAAGACUCAUGAGGAUCUAAUGAAAGCUAACCUGCUGUGACAUUUAUGACAAAGGAACUGAAUACUGGAAAAGUCAGGGAACGAGGAAUGGAAACCCUGAGCUUUCAUCACCAGGAGAAGAUGCAUCAACUGCAAAGUUAGCAGCGUGCUAAGCUGCCGUUCACCUGUGGAAUAUUGUUGUGCUGCAAAUGUUAAAAUAGAUCAUUUUGCAAAAUCUGGGCCAUGUAAAAUUGGACUCUGCCCUUUGUAGACAUUUUAUAACAGUUCCUUCACUCAUGCCAGAUGUUUUGAAGGUUGUGUACAGAGACCAGACAUAUAGGACUGUUAACCUGUAAAUAAAACCAUACACUAAC